GUCAUAUUCGCAGACACUAGCGCCCUUAGGCGGACACUUGGAGAACUUGGCUCAACCACCUUAGUUAACCAUCAACAGUUUGAGGUGACAGAAGGCGAAGGAAAGUGGGCAUUAAAGUGUUAACAAAAAUGAAAAUAUAAAAUGAAAGUUAUAAUUCUUCUCUUCCUUACCGCGAUAGCUAAAGGGGUUCAACGACGAACUGAGUAUGGAUGUGAAGGAGGAGAACUGAAUAUACAAUGUGAACUGGGAACUACAAUACAUCUAGUCAGAGCUAACUAUGGUAGAUUCUCAAUAUCUACAUGCAACAGGGAAGGUGAAACAGGAUGGUCGGUCAACUGUAUGGAGCCUAGAACCAUUAGAAUACUCAGAGACAGGUGUGGAUCUUUAAACUCGUGCACUGUCCCUGUCAACAGUUCUAUAUUUGGAGAUCCUUGUCCUGGAACCUUUAAAUAUGUGGAGGUGCAUUACAGCUGUCUAGAGCAGGGGGCGGGGCUCACCACCCUACAGGAACGCCCCCCUUGGCUCCUGGAUCUAACUGCUACGCCUGAGCCUGCGUGGCAGGUCAAACAUCUUCUAGAACUAAAUUCUUCUCUGCAAACUUCAACCAGGACUUCAGUAACUUCUCCAGGUACACCUUCAACACAAACAGAAGCUCCAGUAGUACCUGGAGCUACUGGAGUAACCGGAGUACAUGCAGUACAAGGAGAACCUGGAGAACAAGGAGAACCAGGCGUAAAUCUUACUGAUAGUGUUCCUACAAAACACCACUCAGGUUGGGACGAAUUGAAGGAUGAAUCCAGGUGGAGGGGAGAACAGGGAGAUGAUGAAUACGACCCUGAUCAAAUAUUUACUCUCGGAUCCGAACCCUGUUCCAGAACAUUCUCCCGAGGGAUUCUCUGGACCUGGGACGGAGAGGAGAGGGAUGUUAUCCAACCUUGUCCCUCGGAUGCACUAGGAGUAGCAACCUGGAGCUGUCUAAAUCAAGGUUGGGACGGAGAAUCUCCGAACCUCAGUGGAUGUAAAUCAACCUGGAUUACGGAGUUAACACGUGAUAUUGAGUUUAAUCCCGGAGAACGUAUUCUCUCUGAUCUAGCAGCAUAUACAAGAUCAAGAGCUCUCUACGGAGGAGAUAUUCUUCAAACUAUGAUAAUGCUCCGAACCCUGAGAGUGGAGCAGGAGCAAAAACUAGAGAAGAUAGAGCAAAGGGAGAAAAGGGAAGCUAAAGCAGCAGAAUUAUUCCAUAGUGUUCUGCUUACAGGAAAUAAUUUUCUCCGAGCAGACCAAUACUCGGCUUGGAAGGAUCUGGAGUUAGAGCAAAGAGCUGCAGCUGGAAGCAGCUUUAUUCAAGAGAUGUUUAAUACAGCUACAGUACUGGCUAGAAAUCUAGGCGCCAGGGAUAGAUUCGAACAGAGAACUGAACAUGUACAGAACUCUAUCCGGGUGUUUAAUUCCUACCCGGAGCAGGACUUGGAGUUUCUAGAUCUAGGAGGAACCCAGACCAGGGUUCAGCUCAGAGUAGAAGAUUUAACUGAGACGAGAGACAGCAUUGAACCAAUCCAACUCACAUUCUUUAGCUAUGAUGGUUUAGACAAGGUCCUGCCCUCCUCCUCCCUACCCCGUGUCAGGUUUCUCAACUCUGAUAUUGUAAGUUUGUUGUAUGCCAGGAGAACUCAACCGUCUCUAACCUUUCCUCUCCGGGUCACCCUGGAGCACAGACAGAGAAACUUGUCCUCCUCCUCCUGCGUGAGCUGGGACACCUCAUAUAAUUCUUGGACUGAAUCAGGCUGUCAAGUUGAAUCUACUAAUCAGUCCCAUACAACGUGUAUCUGUGACAGCAGUCCUGCAACCAUUGCUCUUCUUGCUGAGAUGAUCCCUGCAGGAGAAGAGUUAAAUGAAGAUAUUGGUUCUCUCCUUGGUAUUCUUCUAGCAGUAGUUACUGGAGUAUUCCUCACCUUCCUCAUAGUUCUCCUCACCUGGAAGUUCUGUUUACAUAGAGACCAAGAUAAACGGUCCAGGGUUUAUAUCUCCUGUAUCUGUAAGGACGGAGACGAGGAUUAUUAUCCUAACAUCAACUCCUCCCCAACCUCUACAACAUUAUCUGAUGAUCCAACCCAAACCUCAAACUAUUCUCUGGGUAAGGACCUAGUUUUCCCUUCUCAUGUAUCCCCUCAGUCGUUUCAACCACCUGGAGAACAGUGUCAAAUUCAUAGACCACUAGGGCAGCAAUCCUUGUACAAAUCUAUCACGCAGCGAUCAGACCGAUAUUCUAGCGAUCUUCUAUCAACACAUCGAUCUUGCAAUAGUCAAUCAGUUUACAGACUGAGCGAUCAUCAAUCUGUGUACAGACUAAGCGAUCAGCAAUCCAUUUAUCGAACCUUAAUUGGCGAUGAUAGUAGCGCAUUUAGAUCUGAUGAUCAGAGUACAUUAUACAGACUUACAGCUGAACCUGGUACUUUACACAGACCUGGAGCAGACCACGGUACAUUGCACAGACCCGGAGUAAACCUCAGUACCAUGCCUAGACCUGGAGCUGAACCUGGUGUUAUUCUCAGACCUGGAACGGAACCUACACUAUACAGAACCAAGAGACAGGAUAUCAACACUCUGUCAGGAGUUCUCUCUCCAAUACAACUCAAAGAUGAAACCAAUCAUUACUUUAGACCAGUGAGUCCCAGUGGACACAUAUACAUGGAGAUAGAUCCUAUAUUCUCCGGACCCCAGACAACACAGGAUGGAGAUAUGGUCUUCACUAAAGAUAAUGAACAGGACUUCCAACUAUCAGAUGCAAGUGACGAUGACCUGAGACGGAGUUUGAAUAAAACAAUCUCCAGGUAUAGUGAGGAUCAACCACUGCUCCGCACACCCUUGAGACGGAGCAAUCCUGUUCGUUCUUGUCAGGUUCACUCAACCUUUACUGGUUUAUCAAGGUUUGGAGCAGGAGAAACCCCAAACCUGGAGACUCCAAUUACAAUUGCAUUAACUCAGGAGGGGAAUGAGUAUGUAAGCUUGAACCUGGAGCGAGGGUUCGGACGAAGAACGCUUCCUCCAGAGUUCUGCAAAAACCAAACCCAGCUGAGGCGUAAAUAAAACAAAAUGCAUUUUCGUGAAUUUCCUGACUAAAUCAUUUCCGCGAUUAAAAGAAAGAGAUUAGUCCAGUUCUCCAGGUACCUGUCAGACCUGGUGUGUAUUUAACCCUGGAGCUUGAAUACAAGAUCUAGUAAUCUCCUGUCAGAACAUAAACCUUGAUAAGUAUAAGAAGAUUGGAGACAAGCAGAGAGAAGGAGAGAGAGAGAGACCUUAAUAAACUUUAAUCCGAGGGUUUUUAUUCAAGAGUGUGGGACGGAUACGUCUGCUUUGCACAAUCCUGAGAUAGAGCGAUACUUCGUGAGAUAGAGAUAUGGAUAACAGGACGAAUCUGGAUCAAGGAGAGAACUCAACCUUACUCUAUAGGUCUACAGUAGAUACAGAGAAAACCUUUUCUAGGUCUACAGUAGAUACAGAGAAAACCUUUUCUAGGUCUACAGUAGAUACAGAGAAAACCUUUUCUAGGUCUAUAGUAGAUACAGAGAGAACCUUUUCUAGGUCUACAGUAGAUACAGAGAGAACCUUCUCUAGGUCUACAGCAGAUACAGAAAGAACCUUCUCUAGAACUACAGUAGAUACACAGAAACCUUCUCUAGGUCUACAGUAGAUACAGAGAAAACCUUUUCUAGGUCUACAGUAGAUACAGAGAAAACCUUUUAUAGGUCUACAGUAGAUACAGAGCCAUCUUUAGGUCUGCAGUAGAUACAGAGAAAACCUUCUCUAGAUCUACAGUAAAUACAGAGAGAACCUUCUCUAGAUCUACAGUAGAUGCAGAGAAAAGCUUCUCUAGAUCUACAGUAAAUACAGAGAAAACCUUCUCUAGAUCUACAGUAGAUACAGAGAGAGAACCUUUUCUAGGUCUACAGUAGAUACAGAGAGAACCUUCUCUAGUUCUACUGUAGAUACUGAGAGAACCUUCUCUAGGUCUACAGUAGAUACAAAGAGAACCUUCUCUAGGUCUACAGAUAAAGAGUGAAGAAAACUAAACCUAAAUUCCAUAAGUAUUUUUUAUGACGAGAAAACGAGACUCCAAAAAUGGAUAAUGUAUGCAUCUCUUGCAUGCAUUUUGCAUAUUAGUGUCUACUGUCUAUAUUUACAUUUAUGUAAACAGAGAAAAAGUAUUUCUAACCUUCUCUAAGGGUAUUCUUUUAAAGAGAAGUAACAUGAAACAAUCCGAGCACGGAAAGAUAAAGAAAAACAAUCUAAAAAACACAAUUUUAAUGUUCUUAAAAACAUUACAUAAAAAAGAGAUAAAUCAGAAUAAUACCUCCCCCAAAUGCAUUAAAGAGACUGUAUACGUUAUUUCAAGUCGAUCUUUAUUUGUAGACUGGUCUGUCCGAUUAACAACGCGGCUUGCUCUUUAAUUCAGAGGAUGAACAAGAUAUUCUAAAUUAAUUAUUUUCAACUUGGGUUUUCCUGGAAAAAAACUGAUUUCGAAAUUAUAAUGCAGAGACAAAGAAGCAAAUUGUCAGAAUUUGAUAUUUUUUAAAGGAAGGGUUUUGCGAAAUAUAAAUUUUUUUAUUUUUCAA